AUGGGUGGUGGUAAUGGAUAUCGUGCCGUGGCGUAUUUUGUGAAUUGGGCAAUCUACGGCCGCAAACAUUUUCCUCAAGAUCUCCCUGCCGAGAAAUUAACCCAUAUUCUCUACGCCUUCGCCAACGUCCGUCCAGAUUCUGGCGAGGUAUAUAUGACUGACGGCUGGGCCGACACUGAUAUUCAUUUCGAAGGCGAUUCUUGGAAUGACGUUGGUACUAAUUUAUAUGGUUGCUUGAAGCAACUCAACAUCCUCAAAUCACGAAAUCGAUCUUUGAAGAUAUUGCUUAGUAUAGGUGGCUGGACCUAUUCCUCCAAUUUCGCCCAACCAGCGUCAACGGAGAGUGGAAGGAGAAAAUUUGCAGAGAGUGCAGUGGAUUUGAUAAGGAAUUUGGGAUUCGAUGGAAUUGACAUCGAUUGGGAAUAUCCCAAGAACGCCGAAGAAGCCCGAGAUUACGUUCUUUUGUUGAGAGAAUGUAGGGAAGCCAUGGACCGUUAUUCUAACACUCUCCCUACACCCCACCACUUUGAACUUACGGUAGCAUGUCCAGCCGGUCCUCAAAAUUACAAUAACAUGGAUAUUUACGGCAUGAACCAGUAUCUAGACUUCUGGAACUUAAUGGCAUACGACUAUGCGGGAUCGUGGGAUAGUGUUGCAGGACACCAAGCAAAUGUGCAUGCUAGCCAAUAUAACCCGAACUCCACGCCGUUUAAUACGGAAAAUGCAGUUAGGGCAUAUGAGGCAAGAGGAGUACAUGGCCAUAAAAUUGUACUUGGGAUGCCGAUUUAUGGGAGGGCCUUCCAGGGGACUGAGGGAUUGGGACAACCGUUUAACGGGGUGGGAGAGGGUACUUGGGAAAAUGGCGUACAUGAUUUCAAAAAGUUACCACAGGAAGGUGCGAGGGAAAUUGUGGAUGAGGAAACCUGUGCUAGUUAUUCAUACAAUGAAAAUACAAAAACCCUAAUAUCGUACGACACAGUCGAGGUCGCCCGCAGAAAGGCUCACUACAUCAAGCAAAGAGGUCUUGGUGGUGCCAUGUGGUGGGAAUCUUCGGCCGAUCAUCCAGAGCCAGAAAAGUCUCUAAUUCACAACGUGGUCAACGUUUUGGGCAUUUUGGAGCGGAGCGAGAAUUGUAUUCAGUAUCCGGGGAGUAAGUAUGAGAAUUUGAGGAACGGGUUUUAG